AUGGCCUCUUCCACGGCCCAUCUGCGAGUGAGUGUUCAAUGUCAAGUCCCUUCCGUCGAGGAACUCGACAAGGCGGCGUCUCGUCGUAGCGACCACAUCAUCGCGGGCUCCUACGCAGUCGUGUCUCCCGAAGAUGGUACAGCCGCGUGGUACCGGUACGGCAUCUUCGUGUCCUCGUUGACGCUGGUCACGCUCGCGAUGGGCUUCGGACUGUCUCACAUGCUGCGGCGGCAGCUGUUCGGCUGCAUGGAUCCCGGCUGCUUCGAGGCGGCCACCACGCUGGGCAGCUCGCUGCAGGAUGCACGUGGCGAUCCCUGCGAGGACUUCUACGGCUUCGUGUGCGGCGGCUGGCAGCGCUCCAAUCCAGUGUUCGCCAAUCACUUCCAGGCCCUUCAGCAGCGCGUGGCCCUGGCAGCCAUCGUCAGUCUAAUGCUGGAGGACGGUGACGGACCCAAGCUGACGCACCGGGUGGCACGCCUCUUCCAGCGCUGCGCGCAGCUGGCGUUCAACGAGCAACACCGACUGGACGAGCUGCGAGCGUUUCUGGCGCGCUUCAACCUCAGCUGGCCCAAGUCACAACCCAGGUCCAAGUUGGAUAUCCUGGACACACUGGUGGCCCUCUCCCUGGACUGGGGCAUACCCGUGUUCUUCCAUCUGAGCGUGGACACGUACUUCAAGCGCCGAGGCCUGCGUGUCCUGCACUUCGGCAGCAACCCGUACAUGCUCGAGUGGUUCAUGGCGCGCAAUACUCUGCAGGAGAAAGGGACACUGCUCGCCUACUUUAACCGAGCCUCGAUCAUACUCAACGGCUCGAACGCAUGUCCGGAAACCGUGGAAAAAGUUCUCAUGCUGGACAACCGAGUGCUGUCCGCAGUAGUGCCAUCGCUGAUGGAUCCACGACCUGACUUUGACAUGGAGUACGUUACCUUCCGUCAGCUGGACUUCAUCACCGGCCCGGAGCUCUCUGCGGCAGAAUGGCUGCAAACUGUAAACCAGCAUCUCCCCAUCGACCUAGGCCUGGACGACGAGAUCUUCGUUGUGAACCGGCGGCUGCUGCAGCUUCUUGCGUGGCUCGUCGCCGGCUUCGAUGACCCCUCCGCGCUGCUCUCGUACAUCACGUGGCACUUGGCGCGGCACCUGGCGCCCAUGACGUCGUACCCGCUGUCGUUCGCCCAGUUCGCUGACGCUGCCAGUACGCCGGGUUCCCGGAGCGCCUACACCGCUACGCUGGGCUACAUGAUCAGCCGCUGCUACGUGGACGCCGACUCCAAGAUGCCGUUCGCCUUUGCGCGCGUCUUCGCGCGGCGCUGGCUGCCGCCGCAAACGGCACAGAACGUGAGCGCCAUGCUCUCUCGCAUCCAGGCGAUGGCCCACGCUACGAUGGCCGCCGUGUCCUGGAUGGAUGAGAAGACCAAACGAGCUGCGUUCGAGAAACUGGCCACGCUGCGCUCCAUCGUCGGCAGUCCCGACAACAUGUCGUCGGACAGUGCCCUGCAGUCGCUGUACCCGUACGUGCCCGACUUGAACGGUUCGUACCUCGAGAUGGCUCUAUCAUUGCACGUCGCGGAGCUGCGUUAUGCCAAGAGGUUUCUGCGCCCAGCCAAUGGGUCGGAGGCAUCGUCCAGCCUACGGGUCAACGUGCCGUUGACUCUGGUCAAUGCCUUUUACCUGCCCGUGUACCACGUGGUGGUCAUACCGGCAGCCAUCCUGUUCCCGCCCUUCUACAUCACUUCGAAUCCGGCGCCGUACAAUUACGGCAGCCUGGGUCACGUAUUGGGCCACGAGUUGACACACGCGUUCGACCCGGACUUGGGCCUGUAUGGCCGCGACGGUCUGCGCCACGACUGGUGGACUCCGGCAUCGCGCAAGAUGUUCGAAGCGAAGCUGGCCUGCCUGCGCCGGCUGUACAACGAGAUACCCUGGUCCGGUGGCGUCAACUUCGGCGACCACGCGCUUUCCGAGAACUUUGCCGACAGUGGUGGCGUGCUCAAGGCGUACCGCGCUUUCAAGGCUGCACCGAAGUUAGGUGCCGGGAACCAGCCAGCCAAAGACCAGGAGUCGCCGGUGCUGUCCCGGUUCAGCGCUGAGCAGCUGUUUUUUGUAAGCAGCUGCUUCAAGUGGUGUUCUCGGGACGAGAAACAGGGCCCCGGUUGGUACUCGCCACCGCGCAUGCGCUGCAAUGUUCCCCUGCUCAACAUGCCCGAGUUCGCCGAGGCGUUUGAGUGUGGUGCAGGAAAGACGAUGAACCCAGCGAUUCGAUGUGACUUUAUGUGACGGCCGUACUUUCAAUCGAUUCAAUUGCGCACGUACCUCGUGCGCCUUAGUAUAGUUAAUUACACGAGCAAUUUCAUUGACGUUUCGUUUAUUGCCUAUAUUCGCACGAAAUCGAAAAUUGUAGAAUCUUGCCGACAACGCUACUUUAUCAUUGUCGUAAUUAUCAUCAUCAUGGCUUUGGAAAUCACGUGAGUAAGCUCCACGUUGAAAGCGGUGCACCGUGGGAUACCUCGUUCUCACAA